AAGUCAUGGCUCUCUCUCCGUUACUCUUUCGACUUUCUUGGGUUCUGUCAUUAGGUAACCUUGAAAUACCUUCUUCAACCUCCUUCACUACUGAUCGGAGAUCGGAGAUCGGAGGUUACGAAUUCCGUUUCACUCACUGGCUGCCGGAUAAACAACUGUUUCACUCACAACAGGGAUAUGAGUUUGUAGCUGUUAAAUAAAGCAUGUUCCAUCUUGGUUCAAAACUUCUACAGGUUAUUAAUUGGUAACUAGUCGAUGAAGGAUUGAGUGGAAAUGGCGGGUUCAGGGUCGAAGUCUCUUAAGGAGUAUCUAAAAAAAUAUGAGAGCAAUAACGAAGAUGAAAAUAAAAAGAAGAAGAAGAAAAAGAAACAGCAGAAAGCUAAGCCAGAUGCCUUAGGUGUUUUAGUUGUUGAUGAAGAUCCGGUUUGGCAAAAACCAGUCCAUGUUGAAGAAGAUGAUGAAAAUGAUUCUGCUGGAGAAGAAAAGCCCCAAAUUGAAGAAGAUAUUGAGGUUAAAAGAAUGAGAAGGCUUGAGCAUUUAAGAGCCCUUCGUGCUAGUAAUCCGAUAUCAGAGGAUGGAAGUGGUUGGGUUACUCUCUCUCCAAAAAAUGAAAAUUUGAGUUCUGAUUUGUCUCCACCUCGUAAACAUUCGGCUAGAAAUGACACGCCUUCACCUGAACUCAAGCCUUCUGAAGUAGAUAAUGACUUUUCACCACCACGGCACCGGCGAACACGCCACCAUAGUCCAUCACCAGAACCUGAUAACCAGGACUUGUCUCCACCUCGUAAUCGUAGAGUAAGAAAUGACACACCUUCCCCUGAACGUGAUAGAAAACCUAUUAAGGAAAGUGUGGAUUUGUCACCCCCUCGGCAGCGGAGGAAGCGCCAUCACACUGAGUCACCUGAACCUGACAAGGGUCAUGUGCCUUCAGACCUUUCACCCCCAAGGAGAAGUAGGAAUGAUGAUCUUUCUCCACCUAGAAAAAAUACAAGGCAAGUGUCUGCUCAAGAUAUGAAAGAGGAGCGGAAAACUGGUUUAAUUACUGGUCGAGACAUGAGAGAUGAAAUUGCUAGAACUAAGAAGCAGGAUCUUAUGCGGUUUCAAGACAUGGACCCUUCAAUAAGUGGCCGAGGUGCAGAGCCUGUAUAUCGUGAUAGGAUAAAAGGGGUACGUAUAACAAAAGAGGAAUUCUUGAAAUCGAAACAAAAAGUAGAAGACAAACCGAAGGAGAUAAAGUUGGAAUGGGGCAAGGGGUUGGCUCAAAAGCGGGAGGCUGAGGCUAAUCUUCAAGAAUUAGAACUUGAGAAGAAUAAACCAUUUGCACGGACUAGGGAUGAUCCAGAUAUUGACAAAAUGAUGAAAGAAACAUUGAGAUGGGGCGAUCCGAUGUUACAUUUGGUAAAGAAAAAGCAAUCCCAACCUGCUCUCUCUAACUUCGGGGAUAAUGAAAAGAUGAAAGAAUCAGGAUUUAUUAUUCCUCAGGAGAUCCCUAAUCAUAGCUGGUUGAAAAGAGGAUUAGAUGCUGCGCCAAAUCGAUAUGGUAUAAGACCAGGAAGACAUUGGGAUGGUGUUGAUCGUAGUACCGGAUAUGAGAAAGAACUAUUCAAAAGGAAGAAUGAGAAACAAGCUACCGAAAGAGAAGCUUAUCUUUGGUCUGUAGCUGAUAUGUGAUUGAAUCAGGCAUCAUCCAUUGGCAAUUUGUAUUCUUUGGGGGAUUGUGGAUGCCUUUCGUUAGUGAACAGCCGAAGCUUGCCUCGAACAAUGACGAUCCAGACUAGAAUUAUCAGCAACCAAAUUGGACUCAUGGUCACAAGUGUUGUUUCUUCUAGUUAUUUGCUAUUGGUUGGAACUUAAUUGAGAGGCAAAAAUUACAGAGUAUUUCUUUAUCUUACCUUUUAGGUGCAGUUUGUGCUAUCAUAUCAAAGUAAUAUGUAUACUAUUUGGUAUUAGUUUCAAAACAGAAUUAGAGAAAAAUGUCCCUUUCAAAAUUAGAGAAAAAUAGCCAUUUUUCAUUCUUCCUAGUUCAUUAUAUUCUUUUGGCUAUUUUUUCCUCCUAAUUUACUCUUCGUUAUUAUAUACAAAUGUAAUUAUCUUUCACCUUA